UUAAUGAGGAAGAACAAAUUUGCCGCCGCCAUUCAAAAACAAUUGCUUCUAUGAAAGAGAGGCUGUUACUUUGACAACACAAUGUAAAUCAAACCGAGGUUGCCUAAUGUGGCUCUCCAGAAAGAGACCGUGGUCUAAUGGUUGUUGAAGAAAAUGGCGACUCCUUCAUAUUUGACACAUUUAUUGAAGAUGGAACGUCUGUUGCUCAAUAACAUAUCCAAGCGCUUUUCUGGUUCAUUGUGGAAUGGAGUAGAAGGUAGAAUCCUGGUGACUGCUGGAUGCAACUUAGUCCAUGGUAUAAGAAAAACAUUCCACACAUCAAUAUCUCUUGAUAAAAGGCAGAGCCCAAGAACAGUUGGUAUUCCAGCUUGGAGAAAGGCAUCUAUUGAUAGAAAAGAAUUUGUUUCAAAACUAAGAAAGCCAAAAAGUGAGGAGACAAUCAAAGCUGAAAUGCGACUUGAAAAACAAGAAAAGGAUCUCAGUUUGUUUACAUCUUCAAGAAUAAGAAAUUUGCCAAAAGAAAAAGAAACAGUAAAUAGGCUACAGCCAGAGGUUUUCCUUUCUAGAGAUGAAAAUACAGUUGUGUGCUAUCACCCUGUACCAAAUUAUCCAAAAGAGAAAACAAGGUUAUCAUGGGAAAGACCAUCUUGGUUUGGGGAGCCCAAUGUUGUCAGUCUUUAUAGUGAUGAAAUGACAAUGGCUCAGGAGGAUGAGGCUAGAAAACUUAGAGAUAGCGACCCUCGACUAUGGACAGCUAGCACACUUGGACAUAUGAUGAAAGUAAAACCAAGUAUUAUUAACGAUAAGAUACCGCUGACCUCCGAGCAGCGCUUUGAAUUGGAAAUUGAGAAGAAGUUGCUUCUGGAAUGGGGAAAAGAAAAACGACAAGAUUAUACUAAAUAUCAAAUUCUGGAAAUUUUGGAUUACAUUAGAGAGACAAGGGGAGAAACGGCAGUGAAGGAUUAUAGAAAGGUAUUCAAUUUUUAGAGCAGAAUCCAUGUAGUGUGACUUUUUGGAGUUUGAUUUGUGGAUGAUUAGAAAGAACCAACAAUUUCAAUUAACUCUCGUGAUUCCUAUUUCUUAGAUGUACUUAGAAGGUAUAACUACCGACAUUUAUAGGUAACAUAAAUCACAAUUAUACGCUAUUAGUGUGUAAGGAUCAUCUUCAGAUCCUUGUUAAGCGAAGGAAAUAUGGAGUUGGAAUGCAAUGUAAGAUCCAAGAUUUAAAUUCUAAUGGUAUGACUGUAUGUAGUCCCCUACCUUGAAAAUAGAGCUAUGUACCUUUACAGUUAGUCAUGGUAAUUCUAAAAGUCGUCAUUGUAUUUUGAGAUAAAUGCAAAGAUUUUGAGAUAAAA